AUGUUGUUACAGGCUAAAGAUGAUGACUCUUGGUUUGGACUUCCUUCUGUGGCUCUAUGCGUUGAAUUUACCGACGUCAUGAAGUUUGGUGAUUUUAUAACCAAAGUCGGAAAUCUUGCACACUACCAACAGUUAGUUCUACCUCCUGACGACUCAGAAGUUGAUGAGGAUGUCGAGAAUGAAAACGAUUCCGAGGAUGAAAACGAUUCCGAGGAUGAAAACGAUUCCAAUGUUCAGGACCAUGAGAAUUCGGAUGAACAAAUCCGCACGAUGAAUCCAAGGCGUAAUGCUUCAGGGAAAGCCUCAACGGUACCAGCAAUAUCUGGAUGUAUG